AUGCAGUUCACUACCGCCUUCCUUGCUUCUGCCGCAGCCAUGACUGCUUCUGCUCUGCCCCAGGCCGGCGUCACUAUUCCUGAGAACGCCCGUUUCGGUCUCAUCACCAUCCGCUCCGGCUCGCCCAUCCAGAACCUUCCCAUCCAGGCUGCCGCAAGGGGUCUUUACGUUGGCCUGCCUUCCCAGAACUCCACCUGCGAUGUGGAACGCGACACCAACUAUGCCACCUUCUACCUCGAGGACACUGAGCUCCACCUUCACGCAGCAUCUGCGUACCCACAGACCAUGUUCGUGGAUCGAUCCGGCAUGGGUCAAGGUAUCGUCGGUUACACAUCAGGCGCCGAGCCCGUUGUAAGGAACGGCGAGAGGAAGGGCUGGGCGCUCAACGAGAACAACGAGCUCGAAUUCAACGGCGUCGGCCUCCAGGCAUGCCCCAACGCCAUUGACGGCGCAUGGCGUCUCUGGCUCGCGGGCUCCUCUAACCCCGGCGGAUACACCAACUGCACUGGUGUGUCUGCUGUGGCUUACAAGACUGAUAACCCCAUCAGCUGCUUGUACACCCAGGAGUGGAACCCCACUUCCGCUUAG